GUAUUAUUCAGAUGAGGAGCGGACUGGACCUAUGGCGCCGCGCGCRCAGCUCCAACGUGCGGCCGCUGCGCGCCCAUUGGCCAGAAAGGCUCGAAUGAUGCGUUCAGAGUUUAUUCUGCCGGGGAGGCUGCAUGAGACGAUGCGCGCAGCCUAUGAGGACAGACAGGAGGAGAAGGGAUGAGUUUUAUGGCUCUACUUGAAAGAAUGAGUGUACCAAGCAGGAGCGCAGGUUCUGAACCUGCCUGUUCAUGUGACUGAAUCAUAAAGAGAGACAGAAAGACGAGAGGGACCGAUACAACUGGAUUCUACUUAUCUUUCUCCAAUAGGUGUGAGACUUUGGGCCAGAUCAGUCCUUUAACCGUUUGGUGCAGGUGGACCCGGGCAGGAUGGGAGGUGGAGGUCAGCAGACSGAGCAGGGCGAGCCGGGCAGCGGGAAGGCUGCAGGUSUUUACACCUGGGAGGAGGUCCAGAARCACAGCAGCAGGAACGACCAGUGGCUGGUCAUCAACAGGAAGGUUUACAACAUCACUCAGUGGGCCAAGAGGCACCCAGGRGGGUUCAGAGUCAUCGGUCAUUAUGCUGGAGAGGAUGCUACGGAGGCGUUCACCGCUUUUCAUCCUGAUCUGAGGUUCGUGCAAAAGUUUCUGAAGCCUCUGCUGAUCGGAGAGUUGGCACCAACAGAACCGAGUCAGGACGGGAAAAAAAAUGCAAGAAUCAUACAGGAUUUUGAGAAUCUGCGAGUUCAGGUAGAAAAAGAGGGUCUUUUUCGAACUGAUCCUCUGUUCUUCUGCCUCCACCUGGGUCACAUCCURCUGCUGGAGGCCCUCGCCUGGUUGAUGGUUUCAUACUGGGGGACUAGCUGGACACUGACGUUGCUGUGUGCSGUGAUGCUGGCAACCUCUCAGUCUCAGGCCGGGUGGCUGCAGCACGACUUCGGUCACCUUUCUGUCUUCAAGAAGUCAAAAUGGAAUCACCUGGUGCACAAGUUUGUCAUCGGACAUUUAAAGGGAGCUUCAGCCAACUGGUGGAAUCAUCGACACUUCCAGCAUCACGCCAAACCCAACAUCUUCAAGAAAGAUCCGGAUGUCAACAUGUUGAAUGUUUUUGUGCUGGGUAACACUCAACCCGUGGAGUACGGCGUUAAAAAGAUUAAACACAUGCCCUACAAUCACCAACAUCAGUACUACUUUCUUGUGGGACCACCGCUGCUCAUUCCAGUUUACUUCCACAUUCAGAUCUUGCAGACAAUGAUUUCCCGUCGUGAUUGGGUGGAUUUUGUUUGGGCCAUGACAUAUUACCUCCGCUUCUUCUGCUGUUAUACACCGCUGUAUGGCUUCUUUGGCUCAUUGGCACUCCUGACCUUUGUCAGGUUUUUAGAGAGUCACUGGUUUGUGUGGGUCACUCAGAUGAAUCAUAUCCCGAUGGAGAUAGAAUAUGAGAGACACGAGGACUGGCUGACCAUGCAGUUACAAUCCACCUGUAACAUCGAGCAAUCCCUCUUCAAUGAUUGGUUCAGUGGGCAUCUCAACUUUCAAAUUGAGCACCAUUUGUUUCCAAUGAUGCCUCGGCACAACUACCACCUGGUGGCCCAGCGGGUUCGCACUCUGUGUGAAAAACAUGGGAUUCCUUACGAGAUGAAAACUCUGUGGCGAGGAAUGGCUGAUGUCGUCAGUUCACUGAAAGCGUCAGGGGAACUCUGGCUUGAUGCAUAUCUCCAUAAAUGAUGGGCRGAAUGCAUCAGAAAUAUCAUUUUUCUCUGUUUUGCAGCAAACAUUGACUGAAUCUGAGUGACUUAGAAAAUCUCUUUUUAAAUUUAUACGUUCAUUUACUUUGUAUUAAAGUGAUGUUGUUAGUUUUGUUUGAGGCUUUGACACAUUUAUUUCAAAGUUUUUUGAUGUUUUAGGAAAAAAUGACUGAAAUAUAAAAAACCAUGUCAUCAUUGUUCUAUUUUGUAACACGGAGGUUUAAUGAUGAAAACAAGACAUGAUUAUUUGUGCUAUGAAAUCCUAAACAUGUUUAAAAAAAAGCAGACACUGUUAAUUUAUUUUGCUCUGUCAAACCUGUAAUUUCUUCUUUGUGGCAUAGAUAAAAAGUUAAUACAUUUGUAUUCCUUCAAGAGUUAAAAUAAAAUUUCURCCAAUUCUUUUAGUUUUAAAAAAUCUGCUCUUUUUAACAUAUAACACUGCAUUUACAACAAUAAACAAGUUUGAUCAAAAUGUUA